UCAAUAUUUGGAGGACCAAAUAGAGGAGGGGGAGGAGCACCCGCACUUGAUGCAAUGGGUAAUAGAAUGACUCAGAGAGGGCAAAGGCCAGACACAUCUUACUCAAGAGCCUUCGGAGGAGGCUCAGAUGGGUAUAUUCAAGCACCAGUUAUGCAACCUGCUGGAAAUCAAAUAUUGUUUCCUAGCAUUACAACUGCUCCUCUUGUUCAGACACAGACAGUAUAAAUGCCGAUGGAAAGCCUCAGACUAAGGCUGUUAUUGUUCCUUCAACACAGUCUUUGAUUCCUCCACCGAGUACUUUGCUGACUUCGUCAUAUGCAAAUCUCUCUGCAGGAGGACCUCCGUUGAUGGGAGGAGGAUCCCCAGCAAUGCUGGGGAUGUCCCAGACUCCGAUCCAUCGAUCGCAGUACCUUCGCGGAGGAGGUUCUGGCGUUAUCGGAGCUGGCGAUGGCUCCAAUGAAGAUUUUGAAAAAAUGAAGAAAGCCAGGCUUCGUAAUGACCUGCUCAACCAGAUGAACGACAACAUGGGUCGGAGGCUUGAUGAACGACGGAAGAAAAAUUGGGAAGAUGAAUAUGAUGAUGCCAGAAUCUGGCAUGAUAAUAUGGAACAACAGAAGAGAUACGACCAUGAAGAAUGGAAAAGGAAGAAAUAUUUAGUCAAAGAUGGUCAUCUUCCUGGACCAGGUGGCUGGGACCCAUAUUCGAGGUACGGGAGGCAUCGUGGGCGAUAUGGAGCCCCGCCACCUAGUUCUAGGAGAAGUGGCAAGAGAGAUGGUAAUGAUGAUUAUGGAUGGUGGUAUGGAGGUCCAAAAGCUUCUAGGAGUAGUAGGUAUCGAAGAGGAAGGUAUUAUCAAGACUGGAACGAGCCACCUCCUCUCCCAUGGAUGGAGAACAACAACCAAGUUCAUGUAAAUUCUGGAGGCAAGAAGCCUCCAGAAUCUGACACUGAUCCUGUCGCAUUCUACAAAGGUGAUAUGAAAAGCUGGUGGGAUAAGUUCGUGCCUGCUAAUGUUGCGUCUAAAAUCUCAACAAUGGUGAAUGACCAACUCCUCUCAAUGCAGAAGAAGCUUGACAACCAAGAGCUCUCGAUCCAGAAGGAGAUCACUAAACUUAAAACAGAUGCCAAUAAUUCUGAUAAUGAACGGUUAAAGGUGCUUAAUCAGCUAAGGAAUUGUAAGAAGAAGCUGACUGAUCAGCAGUUACAAGAGGACCUCAGGCAUAAUUACAUUUACCAUAUUCUGUUCAAUAAUUGGAAAAUGAGGGAAAAGAUGAUGGAUAAGGACCUGGAUGCACUCCCAUCAAGGCAGCUAUUCCCCCAGCUUAAGAAUAAUUAUGCUACUUUGGGAGAGAAAAUUAACUGGGGAGAACUUGCAUAUGAUUCUAAAAAGUUAGUAUCGCACAUAGAUCCUGUUUCAAACGAAUAUUUGAAGUUCCCUUCUGUUGAUGAUAUCGCGAAACAAGACAUUGAGGUUAAUUUCUUUGAUGUUGAAAGGAUAAAUGCUGCUAACCAUAACCGGCUAGAAGACCUGAAAGGAAUGAAACAUUCUGUAUCAGAGCCUCAACUUGAUUCUCUUGAUAAGAAGCUGUAUGACUUUUUAGACAAAGAGAGCACUUUUAAGAAAAUUAAUCUCCGUGGGGAUCUCCCAGGUGAUGAUGUGAAUGAUAUUGAUCCGAUGGUCCUUAAGGACAUCAAAUUUUAGCACAUAGGC